AUGUAUCAGCACGUCUACACCUUCCUCCUCCAGCUCUGCCUGGCCGCCCUCGCCUUUGCCGCCCCCGUCGCACAGGAGAUCUCCACCAGCAACAUCAACAAUAGCUGGCAGUAUGGCACCGGUGGUGGCAUCAUAGGCUUCAUCGUCCUGGUUCUGGACAUCAUCGUCUUCAUCGAGGUCCUCAAGUCCAACCGCCCUCCCAUCCACAAGCUGCUCUGGUGCCUGGGCGUCUUCGUCUUCCCCAUCGUCGGCCUCAUCGUCUACUUCUUCUUCUCCAACCGCGCCCACCACAACAGCGGCGGCUCCUACGAGCCCCUGCCCUAG